CUCUGCCCCCCAUCCUGCAGCCCCAUGGCCGGGAGCGCUGAGAUGGCGUCCCUGGAAGAGAGCUUCCGCAAAUUCGCCAUCUACGGCGACACUAAGGCUACGGGGCAAGAAAUGAACGGGAAGAACUGGGCCAAGCUGUGCAAAGACUGCAAAGUCACUGACGGCAAAAGUGUCACCAGCACCGAUGUGGACAUUGUCUUCUCCAAGGUGAAAGGGAAGACAGCCCGCGUCAUCAACUACGAGGAGUUCAAGAAGGCGCUGGAGGAGCUGGCCCCCAAGAGAUUUAAGGACAAGAGCAAAGAGGAGGCGUAUGAAGCCAUCUGCCAGCUGGUGGCAGGGAAGGAGCCCAUUAACGUGGGU